AUGGGGUACCACGUUAAAGAUAUUCCCCUCCCAGACUUGAUGAGACAGCUCCAAUGGCUCUGGGUAUCAACCUGGGUUUAUGUUAUCUCACUCGGCCUCUCUAAACUCUCCAUCCUCGCGCAAUACCUCCGCAUCUUUGUCACGGUCCGCACAGUUCGUGCCAUCUGGGCUUGCAUAAUCUUCGUCAUCGCCUACACUCUUCAAAGCCUCAUCGUCGGUAUCUUCUCCUGCAACCCGCCGCGCAAGUUCUGGGACCCAACCCUUCAAGAGGGCUCCUGCAUCAACUACACUCUGUACUACUACGUCGCCGCCGCCCUCAACAUCCUCACCGACCUCGCCAUCAUCCUCGUUCCCGUCCCCGCACUGCGCCACCUCAACGUCUCGCGCACGAAACGAAUCGGCGUCAUGUUGCUCUUCUCCGUCGGUGGUUUUGGCUGCAUCGUCUCCAUCAUCCGCCUCUGGACCCUCUACAGUCUCGACCUCGCCGUCCGCCGCGGCGACUCCACUUACGCCAACGCCAGCCCCGCGCUAUGGUCCAGCAUCGAGAUACACGUCUGCAUCAUCUGCGCAUGCCUGCCGUCGCUGUCGCCCAUGCUGUCGCUCGUCCUGCGCUCCAUUGGCUUGAACCUCUCCUCGUUCUCUCACAGAGAUGAGGCGGGAAGGAAGUCGAGUGGUUACUCCGACAGGGGAAACGCGAGGGGGGAGAGGGGAGGAAGAGGUGCGAAAACAUAUCUCGGACGGAGAAAGAGUGGUAGCGCGUUUAGUGAGUUGGCUUCAACGUCGGAGGGAACGGGAAUUGGGGCGGAAGAGGCGCAUAUUUGGGGCGAGAUGGGGUUUCUUGCUGGGGGAGGGGUUGAAAAGGCGGUUGAGCUGAAGGAGGUGAACGGGAGGGAAUAUGGAAAUCAGGAAAGGGUGUGGGCUAGAACUGGAGAGUUGGGGACGUCUGACUCGGCGCGGCAUGCUACGAUAGUGGAGUGGGACCCGCGCUUGUGA